UUGGGUUGCUCUGGGCUCUCUUAUACAUAGUCAAUUCCUAGAAAACAACGUCACAACAGUUCAAAAGAACUAUUGAUUGCAUUGCUCGCUCGACGCUCAGCUCAGUCGCAUUCAAUUGUUUGUAUUUAGUGUGAAAAGUGAAGUGAACAAUAAAUGUAUUCGAUAUUGACUACUAUUUAUUAUGUUCACAUUAGCUCGUUAGUUAUUUUAUUCCCAGACGUAAGCGAAACGUAGUUGUUCGAGAUUUAUGCGAUUGUUGUAAUUCGUUUUAACUGCGAUGGAUUCAUCAAUAUCUAUCAAGGUUCAUACAGCCAUUCGAGCCGCUCCGUAUGAAAUACCAGUCACCAUUAACACAACUGUUGAAGAUGUAAUUAUCGAGACUUCAAAAUUAUUAAAGAUUGGACCGGUAGCGAGACACUUAUUUGCGCUGAGAACUUUCAGCGCUGUCGACGAUUACUUGUGGUUAAGCCCAUCGUUAUUCAUACUAUACGCCAAAAACGAACACCAUGUAUACGAAUACAAAUUACGAUACAAGAUGCCCGAUAUUAAACGGCUCAAAUCACUUGAUCGCUAUGCUUAUAAUUUUUAUUUCUAUCAAGUGAAAUCAGAUUUGCUAAAAAGCAAAGUCACAGGUUUGUGUUACAGUACAUUUAAACGAGAAUUGAUCGGAUUAGGAGUUGCCGACAUGUGUAGAGCGAUACUGGAAGAAGACAAAACAAGAGAAAACGUUGAGCAAAAUUACAAGCAGUUUAUGCCUAAGGAAGUAAUUAAACAACAUAUGUUUUUCUUGAAAAAACCUGUUCAAGAAACUUUAAAAAAAAUUAUCAACAACAAUACUAUGGAUGAUCAUUAUGUUUCUGUAAUUAAAGAUAGUUAUUUAGAUCAGUUUAACUCUAUUGCACCGGAUUAUUUGGAAGAAGAAUACAUUGCUUUGUACAAUGAAAACGGAAACUCGGUUAAUGUGACGUUUAAAGUAAAUCCGUUUCAUUCGAAAAUGCCGGGAGUGAGAAUGUGUACCGAAAACAGAAAAGAAUGGGUACAUUUGGCAGCAAUAGAAGAUUUAUGCUUUUUGUCUGCAACGGACGAUGGUACAGUCGAAAUUUCUCGUAAAACUGGAAUACCAAUACAUAUAAAAUUUCCUAAUAUGGAUACCAUGUUUUCGUUUAUUACAUCGCUAAACGGCUAUUAUCGAUUAAUGGUUAAUUGGAACUUUGAUUUAUGUACAUCUACAAAUACUCCAAUCUUAAGCAAACUUAAAUCUAUUCGUUGCCAUGGUCCGAUCAGUAUUAUGAAAUCGUCUUCUAUUUUAAAAAAGAAAAUGACCAAAAAACACGGUUGCUUCAUAAUAAGACAAAGUUCGAAGAAUUAUAAUUUCUAUGUUCUUGAUGUUUGUGUGAACUAUAGUGCUAAACCAAUAACAUACGUGAUCGAAAAUAAAGGAGGCCUUUUUAAUAUAGCUGGUGAAACUGAUAUUGAUUAUCCAUCUAUUUGGAAACUUAUUGCAAAUAAUAAAACAGCUUUAAACUUGUUUGAGUGCAUUUUUCCAUCUGAUGCUGCUAUGAAUGAACUACUGUUAUGCCAAAAUACUAGUAUAAAGCAAAUAGAUAUAGAUGAUGAAGAAGAGAAAUAUAAUGGUCCUCACUUAAUUAACAGCGAUUCGAUCAAACUACUGAACACAAUAUGUACAUCAAAAUCUAAAAUUCACUCCCUCAUGAAAGUACGACUAGCUACUUGGUCAAAAUCAAAAAGAAAUGAAUCUACUGUUGUUGUAAAACUAUUUCAAGACAACGUCAAUAUCAAUGUGCAUUUAAUGAAUUUGUUGAGCCUAUCAAAACGAUGGAGUUCUGUAUCUUCAAGUGCUAUAGUGCGUUUGUUUGGUCUUUGUGUUGAUACUCCGACUGCUCUCAUCAGUGAAUACUUUCCGUUGGGUCCCCUCGACUCUUACUUGAGAACGAAUAAAGACCAAAUAACUUUUAGCAACUUAGUUGAAGCCGCUACGUAUAUGGCCACUGCACUUUGGGAUAUGGAAACAGCAUGCUUAGUUCAUGGCAAAAUUCGAUGUCAUAAAUUUGUCGUGGCCGAACAUUCAAGAAACGCCUUUGUUGUUAAACUCACAGAUCAGGGUAUUCAUAAGUGUUAUACAAGUUACGAUUUGUAUUGGAUUCCUGUUGAAUUUUACAACUCAGUCGAGCUUGCAAGGAAGUCUUCUCAAGCCGAUAUAUGGGCAUUCAGUUCUACGCUGUGGGAAUUGUUUAGUUACGGUGUUGAAUUACCUGAAGUGCAAAAUGUUGAAUUAUUCAAACAAAAAUUUGAAAAAAAUAUUCGAAUGCCAAAACCCGAUAGCUGCACAGAUGACAUUUAUCAGAUUAUGUCUGAUUGUUGGGAUAGUGAUCCGUUCAUUCGUAAAAAACCUCAAGCAACGUUAAGAGACUUAAGACAAAUUUGGUUGCAAAUAUAUGCCAGCCCCCAACAUGAAUACACACCGUUGAGAAAAGAAGAAAUCUUUAAAGAUGACGUUACAUGUUCUGACGCUACAAUUUAUUGUACUUCUGAUUAUACUACCGAGACAUUUAUGGAUACAGUGUCCAGCUCUUUUUCUGGAAGCGAAUCAAAGUCAGAUUUUAUCGAUUUCAAUUCGAAUCCUGAUGAUGCAAGAAGUUAUCAAAAUGAAAAUCCUGUGCUUGGAGCAAGCACAAGUUUCAACCAGUUUAUGAAUCAGCUUACAUCCAAGGAAGAAAUAAAAAAUAAUAUGCGAAAUGCUCUUAACUGCCAAGAGAAAAUAUAUCAAUUUAAUAACUCUACAUUGAGUUUGGGACAAGUCAUUGGACAGGGAUUUUAUGGAGUCGUUCUUGAAGGAAUACUAGAAGAUAAUGGCAAUAACACAAAAAAGAAAGUGGCUGUGAAACACAUGAAAAAAUCAUUCCAGUUGGAGGACUUCCAAAGAGAAAUAACAAUUAUUCAACAACUGAAUCACCCAAACAUUGUAAAAAUUGAAGGAGUAAUCGAAGAACCAAAUUUAAUGCUUAUAAUGGAGUUUGUCGAGUUUGGAUCAUUAAAUACUUACUUACGGAUACAUGAAAAUGAACUUUUUGAAGAAACAAAUCAACUUUUAAAGUACUCUCUAGAUGUCGCAAAAGGAAUGGAGUAUUUAGGAAAACUAAACAUUGUGCAUCGAGAUUUGGCUACUAGAAAUAUAUUGGUUGUAAGUCCUACGACUGUAAAAAUUUCUGAUUUUGGUCUUGCUCAAUUUUUACCUGACGAGAAGUACUAUUAUCUACAGACUAUGAGAGAUUUACCCCUUAAAUGGCACGCUCCAGAAGCUAUUCUUUAUGGAAAGUUUUCACCUAAAACUGAUAUAUGGGCCUUUGGUGUUUUGCUUUAUGAGAUAUUCUCUUUGGGCAAAGAACCCAAUAUCGUUUCAAAAUUAGAGGAAAGAUUGGACGUGGAAAAAAUGAUGAGAGUUUUGGAAGAGGGUCAUCGACUGCAGUGUCCGCCGUGUCCUCCGUGUACAAUGGAUAUUUACAACAGACUUAUGCACCCAUGUUGGUCUUACGUCGCAUCUGAUCGUCCAGAUUUUACACACUUGGUUAACGUCAUUCAGUCUCAGAUGGAUGCUGAGACUGAAGAGUACCAAUGAAAUGUAAUUCAGAAUUGCUAAAGUAAUCAGAAAGCUGACAAUCAUCUUAGCCAAAAUACAUUUUCAUCAUCAUGACUAUUUUUUCUACAAAAAUAACCAUCUUUGUUAAAAACUAAAAAAAGGACAUUUACUUAAUUGCUCUCUUUUAAAAAGAAAUCAUAAUUUUAGCCAUGACAAACAGCGAUCAAUAACAAUUAUUGGCAACUCCUAGAAAUCUAGUCAAAAUAAAAAGUUCCAUUUAGGUAGGUAAUGUAACUGUACUAUUGUUUUUUCACAAUUAAACCUUAAAACAAUUUACUUAUUAGCUAGUAUACGCUUUCAUACAUUAUCACAUUGUUUAAUUAUAAAUAAGCAAUAUAAGUUAGUUAGAUCAUGUUUAUAGUAUAUGUACUAUUUAUUAUUUUUAAAUAUUUAUACAUCCAUCAAUAAUGGAACAAGUUCAAUAAAACAUUCCAACCCAUUGUUAACCAAAUUUGUUUGAACCCUUCCUAGGCAUAACUACAAUUUAAAUUAUCAAUGCAUUUAUUUUAUUUAAAUUUAUAAAUAUUAAUAAUUUAAAGUAAAAUUAUAAAAAAACUUACUUUUACAAAAUAAGUUUUGCUGCGCGUAGACCAGUUUUUUUGGAUUGACUUAUUAAUAGUUUUAAAAAAAUAUGUUAAAAUAUGAAACAUAAUAUAUCUAUUUAUUAUAUUGUAACUGUAUUGUGUGUGAAUUUUAAUAACUAUUAAAAUGUAAUUUAUUUUUAACAACAGUAGAGUUGUACUUCCCACGUAAAAUCUGUUGGGCAUCUCGGACCAUGAAUACUUCUGGUCCACAAUUCUGUUAUGGCAAAUGAGCUUUUACGUUUUAAUUUUCCAUGAAGCUCAGUGCUAAAUGUGUAUGUAAAUUUUAAAAAUUGUGGCGGAAGUGCCAUUAUUU